CUUUAUUUAUAAAAAGUUGUUUGAUGCUAUAUUAUUAAUGCUCUGGAUAUUGUAUAGAGAACUGUUAACCUUCAGUUCAGUCUGGAUGUUAAUCAUGAGGUGUCAGGAGGUUCCAGACUGCAGGAGACCUUCAUGUCUCCAUGUUGCUGCAGCUCCAUCAGUGAGGUGGGAGGUGGAGCUCCGCCAGCAGCAGACCUGAUGGAUCUCAGACUGUUUUUAGGCUCGAGGAACGGAAAUGGGCAGUUCCUUGUGGAGAGGAAAGAUGUGCGCACGCAUCACCGACCUGCUUUUACGCGCGCUGGAGUGCUACUACUACACCUGGAGCAGCUCGAGACCAACACACAUGUUGAUGAUACCUGAAAGAGGGACGCUGUUUGUUUAGACCCUUCAUCCUCUUCAUCCUCCUCUUCAUCAUCAGCUGCUGUACAUUCUGGCUGUGGCCGCUCCGCGCGCACUGGAACCCCGGUUCACCUUCAGAGCGCGCGGCCGCUCCUCCUCUGGUCACCUGGAGCAGCAAUGAUGCUCGCGCUCACCUUCACCUUCACCUGCCGCGCGCUGCUCGUCUACCUGCUGUCAGAGUCGGUCCGGACCGACAGAACCAGACCAGCGCCGUUCCUGAUCACAGAGAACAUGUGGCCUCACGGUUGUGUCCUGGACUGCCAGAGGGGGCGCCACAGAGCCGUGUGCGGCAGCAACGGCAGGUUGUAUAAAUCACUGUGUGCUUUCCAGAGGGCCCAGUGCAUCAACACACAGCUGCGCCUCGCUCCACGAGCACACUGCUCAGAUCCGAGUCAGUCCAAAUGCCAGCUCGCCCGGGCUCAGGCCCUGGAGGCCGGCGCCCACAGCCGCCAUGUUAGCCCAGCGGCGGUCGUCUUUGUGCCGGAGUGCAGUCCGGACGGUCACUUCCUGCCGGCGCAAUGCCACAACCAGACCGGAUACUGCUGGUGCUCCAUGCCCGACGGCAAACCUGUCAGCGGUACCUCGGUCCUCCAUCUGAUCCCCAACUGCACUGAUCACAUCGCCAAGUUGGUUCAGACCAGCGAUGCAGAUUCUGCUCUACUCAAAGAUGAACUUGAUGAACCUGGACCUACAUUAGACCCCAGAAAACCCACAGAGCUGACGGCUCCUCCGUUCUGGGUGACCAUCCUGAUGAACUCUGACCCCAAAGGAAACCGCUCAGUCAGACGACCCACUGACAGUCCUCAGACGUGUGAGCGUGAGCGAGCGUCGCUGCUCUCUCAGAUGAGUUCAUCCUGGCAGGAAGAGCGUUUCAUCCCAGAAUGCACUGCAGACGGUCGCUACAGCCCCGCGCAGUGUCACGCUGCCACAGGUUACUGUUGGUGUGUCAGGGUGGACAGCGGCAGGCCGCUACCGGGCACCUCUGCAAGGAAUCGCAUCCCAGAGUGCACUGGGGCAGAGGAGGCACCAGCAGACAGGAGGAACAGGGAAAAACCUCUGCCUGGAUGUCCCGGAGCUCGUAAGAAGCAGUUCCUGCAGAGUCUGGUUAGAGCUCUGCAGUUGGAAGCAGAGCAUGCUGGGAGUCUGAGUCCCUACCAGGCCUCAAACACACCUCCCUCCAGCUCCCCUUCUCCUGCAUCUUCCAACAGCCCUUCCUCCUCCUCCACUCCGGACGCUGUUUCUCCUGCUGCUCUGGAGGCCGUAGACUCCUCCAGGCCAGAGGUGGCGCUGCGGUGGCACUUCGGACAGCUGGACGUGGACUCCAACGGGCUGCUGAGCGAACGCGAGGCUCGACCUCUUCGUCAGUUCCUGCGACAGAGGCUGAAGCCGCGACGGUGCGCCAAGAAGUUUGCUCAGUACUGUGACAGGGACGGAGACCGAGGCCUGACGCUGGAGGAGCUGAGGGUCUGCCUGGGCCUCUGAGAGCGCAACAGGACAAGUCACCUGAUGUACCUUAUUGAGACUUGGAUUAUACUGCACAAGUUGUGAGAGUUUGUAAACAGAUGUUUUGAUAUCGUUUUGCUGUUGUUAAACGCGGCUCCCAUUUAC